AUGCCCUGGAUCCGGCGGGACCGGCUGCUCAUCCUGCUGCUGCUCGGGGCGCUGCUCAGCGCCGAUCUCUACUUCCACCUCUGGCCCGAAGUGCGGCGGCAGCUGGCGGGGGCCGAGCCGGGCUGCCCCUGCCGCUGGGCGCCGCGCCCCGCGCUGCCCCCUUCGUCGGCGGCCGCCUCCCCGAGCGCCCGGGCGCGCAGCGCUGGGGGCUCCAAGCUGCGGCGGCUCUUCGCCCAUCCGCUCUACCGCGCCCCGGAGCAGCCGCCGCGGGGGCCGGAGGAGUCGCUGCUCAGCCGGCAGGAGGCGGUGCGCUACUACCGCCGGAAGAUGGUUCGCUGGAACAGGAGACAUAAGCUUUACAGAGAGGAGCUCAACCUAACUUCUCCUGACUCACUGCUGCAGCUUGGGCGGGAAGCAAGCUGGCUCCAAUUCCACCUGGGCAUCAGUCGCUAUGGGCUGUACCCCCGAUCCAGCCCUGCCAUUAACAAACUCCUCCAUGACAUGCAAGAUUUUAACACAGUCAGUGCCGAUUACAGUCAGGAUGAGAAAGCUUUAUUAGGAGCCUGUGACUGCACCCAGAUUGUGAAGCCCAGCGGUGUACAUCUGAAACUGGUCCUGAGGUUCCAGGACUUUGGGAAAGCCAUGUUCAAACCCAUGAGACAGGAACGAGAAGAAGAGACUCCAGAAGAUUGUUUCUACUUCGUUGACUUUCAGAGGCACAAUGCGGAAAUAGCUGCCUUUCACCUCGACAGGAUCCUGGAUUUCCGACGGGUCCCGCCCACAAUCGGAAGGUUGAUCAACGUCACCAAGGACAUCCUGGAGGUCACCAAGAAUGAAAUCCUACAGAGCGUCUUCUUCGUUUCACCCGCCAGCAACGUGUGUUUCUUUGCGAAGUGCCCGUACAUGUGCAAGACGGAGUACGCCGUGUGUGGGAACCCUCACCUGCUGGAGGGAUCCCUCUCCGCUUUCCUGCCGUCCCUCAAUCUGGCCCCGAGACUCUCCAUCCCAAACCCCUGGAUCCGGUCCUACUCGUUUGCUGGAAAAGAGGAGUGGGAAGUGAAUCCACUUUACUGCAACACGGUGAGGGAGAUUUACCCCUACAACAGUGGCAACCGGCUGCUCAAUAUCAUCGACAUGGCCAUAUUUGACUUCCUGAUAGGGAACAUGGACCGUCAUCACUAUGAAAUGUUCACUAAGUUCGGGGAUGAAGGCUUCCUCAUUCAUCUGGACAAUGCCAGAGGCUUUGGAAGACAUUCCCAUGAUGAAACCUCCAUCCUGGCGCCGCUCUCCCAGUGCUGCAUAAUAAAGAGGACAACGUUAUUACACCUGCAGCUCCUGGCCCUGCCUGAGUACCGGCUCAGUGAUGUCAUGAGGGAAUCCCUCCUGCUGGAUCACCUUGCACCUGUCCUCACUGAACCUCACCUCUUGGCUUUGGACAGACGGUUGUGGCUCAUCCUGAAGACCGUGGGGAAAUGCAUAGAUGCACAUGGAGAAGACAAGGUUGUGGCCAAUGACACCAAGCAGGUGGAAGUGCCCUUUUUUGACAGAGUGACACCAACCAGCUAG